AUGGCAUUCAUUUAUCCAGUUCGGAUUCCAGCUCCGUGCCGACUUAAGUCUGGUGCUCCUUUGCUGCACGUGCGCGAGUCAAUUCUCCAACUUCCAAAAUAUCAUCAAUUGAGCAGCAUCUCGUUGCUGGUGCUCGGCGAGACACCGCAGAUCUUUACUCCCUUGCUGUCCUGCAGCUGCUCAGGUGGGCAUCGAGGCACCAGACCACACCGCACUCGAUCAGACAUGGCGGGCACACCAGUGCAUUUCAGAGGCAAGAGAGGCAACAUUGAAAGACAUGGUUCACUGCGGAUCGUGGCGUUGAGACUGGAGACUCUGUGCAGGAAUAUCAAUCGGCAUUGGGCAAGGCAUCAUCAAUGGCUUCUUGUACACUUCGCACCAUUCGCAGGGCUUGCCAACGUUUCCAAACCGCAAAUUGCAAGCAGUGAGCAUCUAGCUUGA